CUUUAGCUUCUCUUAUCGAAUGUAUUGGUCAUUGUGUUUGAUUCUUGCUGUGCAUUCAGUACCAUCUACCUGGGGUUCAGACCUCGAGUUGGACAAGUAGGAAGUGGAAGCUUAGAAAUUCAUUGAACAUUUUCUUUUCAAUUGCUUCUGAUUAGUUUUUCUUUGACCAUUUCCCUUCUUCCCACAGAUCUGUUCUCAAGCUGAGCCGCUCAGCAUGGAAAAUCACGCAGAGCUGUUGGAUUGUGUAGUUCUGCUAGCCCGUUCUUCUCCUGAUGAUCUGAUAGCAUUUCUGCUCUCGCAGCUGGAGAUUGAGAAUGAGGCUGUUCGUGUGGCCUCUUUGAAUCUGCUCAGUGCUAUUGUUGGUGCCGACUUGCCCGAGACAAGAGUUAAAAACUUUCUGAUUGUGAAGGCAGUGAAAUCCACUUUCAGUGAUCAGACUGCUAAGGUGAGGAAGGCAGUUCUUCAUUUCAUCAGGAGGCUGCUCAGUUCAGGAAGUGUGGAGAAUUGUGCAGCAUGGGAUAUGGUAGCACAUGUUUUCCGCGAGUUCAGUGUGUCCACCAGCAAACUGGUAAGGAGAGUUCUUAACACGUAG